GGCGCUCUGCACCCAGAUCCAGUUCCCACCAAAGCAACUUCUGGGUUUCUCCGAGGAGAGGAAGGCGCCAAGCCCCGCCCUGCCAGCUCCACCGGUGGGCAAAGGCCUCCCACGGAGAGAGAACCACGCGUUCAAAGCAAGGGGGUCGGCGAGGUGGGGAGAAGCGCGGGAAACUUGAGGCGCAGCGUUUCGCAUCUCUCUAUACUUCCGACUGGGCGCUUCGGAGAGACGCAGCCUCAGUCAGAAGAGUUAGCAGCAGUGGAGGGAAAAAAAAGCCAAACCCAAAAGACGGGGCCCGGGGGCGAAAGGCGGGAGAAGAGGCGGGAGGAGGCGCCACGCGCGCACCAACCCAGGCGCCUGACAACACAGAGAGGCGAAGCGGGAAACAGAGAGAGAGAAGCACAGCUGGUGGACAACAGCAAUUUUAAGAUACCAUCAGUGCCAGGAAUCGUAUAUGAGCACCAUCUUGCAAUUAAAUGCAGACUGAUUUUUCUCUUUCUCCGAAUAUUUGAUUUGUUGAGAAUCUAAAUUGGAAAAUUGCUUGGAGGUAUUUUUAUGACCACCAUUUAACAACGACAGUUUGGUAUGUAAAACUGCAGUACAGCACCAUGAUUAACCAGGAGAAGUGGGCUAACCUCAGUCCUUCAGAAUUUUCUCAGCUUCAGAAGUAUGCAGAAUAUUCUACAAAGAAAAUUAAGGAUGUUUUGGAAGAAUUCCAUGGUAAUGGUGUGCUAGCAAAGUACAAUCCAGAAGGGAAGCAAGAUAUUCUUAAACAAACAAUUGACCUAGAAGGUUUCAAGUUAUUUAUGAAGACUUUCCUGGAGGCUGAUCUUCCAGAAGAAUUUUCUGAACAUCUCUUUAUGUCAUUUGGCAACAAAGUGCCUCAUAGUAGUCCUGUUGUAAAGAGCAAACCCCCACUCCUUCCAGGAGGCUUGCGAAUUGCUAAAAGUGUGACAUCCCGACCCACAACUCCUUCAACUUUGCACAUGCCAGAUGUGAUCCAGUUGAAAGAUAUUGUUUGUUAUCUUUCCCUUCUUGAAAGAGGAAGACCUGAAGACAAACUAGAAUUUAUGUUUCGCUUGUAUGACACAGAUGGAAAUGGUUUCCUGGACAGCUCGGAGCUGGAAAACAUCAUCACUCAAAUGAUGCAUGUUGCAGAAUAUCUUGAAUGGGAUAUCACUGAACUCAGUCCGAUCCUUCAUGAGAUGAUGGAGGAAAUUGACUAUGACCACGAUGGCACUGUUUCUUUGGAGGAGUGGAUCCAGGGGGGAAUGACUACUAUCCCGCUUUUAGUGUUGCUUGGAUUGGAGAAUAAUGUGAAGGAUGAUGGGCAGCAUGUAUGGAGACUAAAGCACUUCAACAAGCCUGCUUACUGUAAUCUUUGCUUGAACAUGCUUAUAGGAGUAGGGAAGCAAGGUCUCUCUUGUUCAUUCUGUAAGUAUACAGUCCAUGAACGUUGUGUUGCAAGAGCACCAGCUUCUUGUAUCAAAACAUAUGUGAAAUCCAAAAAGAAUGCUGAGGUUCUGCAUCACUUUUGGGUAGAAGGAAAUUGUACAACCAAAUGUGAUAGGUGUCAUAAAACAAUAAAAUGUUACCAAGGGUUGACUGGGUUACACUGCGUCUGGUGUCAGAUCACAUUGCAUAACAAGUGUGCUUCACACCUAAAACCUGAAUGUGAUUGUGGGUCUCUCAAGGAUCAUGUUCUUCCACCCACCUCAAUCUGCCCGGCAGUCUUGACUCUACCCUCUUUAGGAGUCUCGCUUCCUGAGGAACGGCAAGCAACUGUGCAAAAAGAAAGAAGUAGUUCUCAGCAGUCAGACAAACUAGGUGACCGGAAUAAGAUGCAGAGAGCAAAUUCAGUCACUGUGGAUGGACAAGGCCUUCAGAUUACACCCCCUCCAGGUACUCAUCCUCUUCUAAUUUUUGUCAACCCUAAAAGUGGUGGAAAACAAGGAGAAAGAAUUCAUAGAAGAUUUCAGUAUCUUUUGAAUCCUCGUCAAGUUUAUAACCUUGCUGCAAAUGGACCAAUGCCAGGAUUAAAUUUUUUUCGAGAUGUUUCAGAUUUUCGAGUAUUGGCAUGUGGUGGCGAUGGAACUGUGGGUUGGAUUUUGGACUGCAUAGAGAAAGCAAAUUUGAAUAAGCAUCCUCCUGUUGCUAUUCUCCCUCUUGGAACUGGAAAUGACUUAGCCAGGUGUCUGAGAUGGGGUGGAGGAUAUGAAGGUGAGAGCCUACUGAAAAUCUUGAAAGAUAUUGAAAACAGCACAGAAAUAUUGCUAGACAGGUGGAAAUUUGAAGUCAUACCCAAUGAUAAAGAUGAAAAAGGAGAUCCAGUGCCUUACAGCAUCAUCAAUAAUUAUUUUUCAAUUGGAGUGGAUGCUUCAAUUGCUCACAGAUUUCAUAUCAUGCGAGAAAAACAUCCAGAGAAAUUCAAUAGCAGAAUGAAGAAUAAAUUUUGGUACUUUGAAUUUGGCACUUCUGAAACUUUCUCUGCAACCUGCAAGAAGCUGCAUGAAUCUAUAGAAAUAGAAUGUGAUGGAAUCCAGAUAGACGUGAGCAAUAUUUCUCUGGAAGGGAUUGCCAUUUUGAACAUUCCAAGUAUGCAUGGUGGGUCAAACCUUUGGGGUGAGACCAAGAAAAGGCGAAGCCAUCGUAGGUACGAAAAAAACAGGUCUGAUAAAAGAACCACUGUUACAGAUGCGAAGGAGCUGAAGUUUGCAUGUCAAGAUCUUAGUGAUCAGUUGGUAGAAGUGGUUGGUUUGGAGGGUGCCAUGGAGAUGGGCCAAAUAUACACUGGAUUGAAAAGUGCUGGGAAACGUCUUGCUCAAUGUUCAUCUGUUAUUAUCAGGACCAGCAAGGCUCUGCCAAUGCAGGUUGAUGGGGAACCAUGGAUGCAAACACCUUGCACAAUAAAAAUUACUCACAAGAACCAAGCUCCAAUGCUGAUGGGGCCACCACCCAAAACUGGCCUCUUCUCUUCCAUCAUUAGCAGAACACGGAACCGCAGCAAAGAAUAAGCUUCUUUUGUUAAAUCCUUAUAAAAUCAAAUUAAUAGGGAUUUGGAAUAUGUAUGCUGGAAACCUUUCAGGGGGUUUAAAAUGUUAUCUACUGCAUAAUAAUGGAACCUUGAAGAACAAUUUCUGUGACUGAGCUAAAAUAAAAUGAUACUAUUAGAAGAAUUUACGUUUUGCCAGAGUUUUGUAGGCCUUUUGCAUGAAUAAAGUUAAUGUUUACAUACAGUGAUAAAGUAUAUUUUUGUUGCAUGCAUUGUCAUUACUACUUUACUGAAUAAAUAUAUGCUGCAAAAUACCAGGGGAAAAUGCAAUGCUGCUGGAGAUAUAAUUGUCUUGGGAUGUGACUCUCAAUGUGCUUGCAUCAGAUUGGUCUUUCAGGUGACAUAUUAAACUCAUUGGGCAUCUUCUAAAGAAAGCACUCUGAGAUGUAUGGCAGCUUUGGUUUGAUAUUAUUUCUGCUUAAUGCUGAUGAAUGAAUCAUACUCCCAUCAUAGUAUUGUCCAGUUGUCCUUUUUCUAAUAGAUCAUGGAGGAUCCCAUCACUGCAAAAUUAAAAUAUGAAAGAUUAAUUUAAUUUAAUUCAUUGAAAAUAAAAGUUAAAAAUGAAAAACAUCAUUGGAGUGGGGAGGGUAUUUAUUUCAAAGUAAGAAUAUCUAAUAUUAGAUAGUCUGCGUUUCACAUUGUUGUCACACUUGCAACAUAUUUCUGAUGUAGUGGGCCAUUGCACACAAUACAAGAAGUAAUCUUGCAUUUGUCACAAUGUUGUUGCUCAACAUGGAAAUACAUUCAUUCCUGACCUCUGCUAAGUGUAAAUGUGUGAUAUAUGUGUUUCCACACAAGUGUCACAUUUACAUUUCAGUAUUUUAAGUGUAUACAUAAAAGCCGCUCAUACAUGUAGAAAUGGGCAUCCAAGUGUAAUAUAUGAAAACUGCAGUGACAUCACCAGUCUUAGUAAUAUUUCAAACUUCUUGUAAUUUUACAUGGAAGCCUACAAUGCAGCAAGUGUGCAGAUAGGUGACGAAAUCAUAAAGCAUAUUUUCCUAUCCCAAAACGUUUAUGAAGGCUUCAAGGAAAUACAUUAAUAUAUACAUACAUAUACAAUUCUGGAUCAUUUUUUUAAAAAAUUGACAGUACCUAAAUGCCUGCUGAAAAGAGGUGUGAAAAAUCACAAAUUAUACUUUAUAUACUGUAUGUCCAUCUUUUGUUUAUUUUGUAACGACUGCCCAUCAAUCAAAGAUUGUUCAGCUCAGAUAGGGCAUGAUGUUUGCAUGGUAUUGCCUAUAGUUUUGUAUCUAUGUUACAAAAAUUUGCUGUAACGAUUAGGGACAAUUUAGAAAGUGUUAUUGUGUUUUGCUUCCAGGUACACUUUAGAAUUUCUGCAUGCACAGGGACAUUGGAUCAGAAAGAUUAAUUUAUGACUACCAUGUGGGUUUCCUCCCUCCCUCCCUCCCUCCCUCCCUCCUUCCUUCCUUCCAUCCAUCCAUCCAUCCAUCCAUCCAUAAAGGCAAAGCCAUCCAAUCAAGUUUCUGUCUUUCUCUUUGCUGCCUUUUUCAAUUAAUUUUAUUGCAAAUAUAUGAGGAAUGUGGAGGGGUACUAGAGCUGAUAUAGAACGGGGGCAUUUUAACAGCUUUUGUCUUGUUUCAUUGCUGUCUAAUACUGAAAAGGUUUCUAUGAUGUUAAAAAAGAAAACAGAAAUAAAAAAUCCUUUCUAAUCUAAAACAGAAUGAUGGAAAAGUGGAUAUACAGUGUUUUGAAACAAAGGAGAUAGAAAAGUUGAGAAAUGGAAAAUAGAAAGCCUCAAUAGUCUAUAAAAGGCUGUCAUCUUCAAAUUUGGAAGAAUUUGGCAAUUGCAUAAGCCUAGUCAAUUUGUCCAUCUCUAAUUAUUACAGUAUUAAAUUUCCUCUUCAAGUUUGGGAGGAUCUGGCAAUUAUAUAAAUCUGAUCAAUUUGUUCAUUUCUGCCAGAGCCAUCAUUUUUGUAAUCCAUAAAUCUUUAGUGGAAAUUUCUUUUUGUUUCUGUUAAUCACCAAUUAAAAAAACUCUUCUCUUGUUUGGCACAUUUAGUCUAUUUAUAUUUAAAGAAAGUAUCCUCGAGGUCUUCAUUCUUGAAAUAGUAGAUUCUUCAUCAUGUGGAGUGGCCUUCCACUGUAGUUGAACGUAUCCUUUAUCCAUAAUCUAUUGAGGUUGCCAUCUCUUCCUGACGUCCCAGAUGUGCUCUUUCUCCUUUGUCCUCUGAUCUUUCCUCUGGAUCUAGUUCUUUUCCAAACCUCUCAUAGAAAUCUUGAGCCUUCAUGACUUCUCUUUGCCUUCUUGAAUCCAAGAACAUCUUCUCUUAUGAGUUCUCUUCAUUUCUGGUCCCCUGAAAAAUGCACUAACAGCAUAGAAACAAGGCACAUGUUUUGUGUAAUUUAAGUGCCAUUGUCUAAUGAUGCAAGCCAGGUCAGCCAACAAUUUUUGUUGUUGUAUAUAAACCUUAUGCAUAAACAUGUCCUUGGUUAGUAAAAUGCCUCUGUGAAAUUUUUGUUGGGCGUAUCCAAGUUUAACCAAUAAAACUUCAGGAAGGCACAAGCAAGACUUACUCUGAAUUUAAUCUAAAGUGAUUUUUCUCUCUUUAAUUGAGCUUUGGUUGUGUUUCAUCUGUUCAUGUUUUAUUUUCUCCAUCAAGAAAUGUAGAUUGCUUGCAAUGCAUGAUUUAUUAAUACUCUACCUUUUAAUCUAUUCCAUACGUUGCUAAUGAUUUUUCAAAUCUCUUUUCCGAUUGAUGAUUGAUUAAUUCACUCUUAUGAAAUGCAAAAGUUUAUUCUUUUCGUUUGAUAUUUCUGUUGUGUGUGGAAGUAUGCAUGAACGUUAAAUGCAUUAGAUGCAGUUUGAUUUCAUUAUAGAAUUUGGUUGAUUUUUUUCCUGUAUAUAAUUUGAGAUGAAUACAGAAGAAUUAAAUUGUUGGUAAAAGCAAUGUACGUGAAAAUUACUCAUAGUGUUCAGUAAACAUUAGCAGAGAAAUACCUAUGGAUGUGAUAUUCAGCAUUAGGCUAAGAAAUUAGAUGUCUGUUGCUCAAGCUAAAGCUGUAUAAUUUAACUAUGUAUGGGUUCAGUGAUAUCAACAUAUAUGUCCAGUAGUGCAAGAAAUAUCAUUCUCAUGUAAGUGAUAUAAAAUGUACACCUACAUUUGAUGCAGUGGCUACUUUGUAUAUUCAUGAUUCUAAGCCAAAUAUAUCUUGUGCCUGUACCACAUGACCUGUAUAUUGCUUUUAUGGAAUUCUGGUGACUGACAAUAAAUAUUUUCACAUGCUGA